AGAAUAAAAUUAGGAGGGCAAUUAUGUCAUUCCACAGAACCACCCACCUCCACCACGUGAAUCGUUCAAGCGAUUUCCUUCUGCCUGUCAACUACAGCAAGACGACGACGAACUUGUUAUCUCCUUCUUCUUCCGCAUCCGUCAUCUGCAAGUCCAGGCUUCAUAAGUGAGGUUGACCAUUUGAGCUUCAUGGGAGAUGGUCUUCGAGGAACACAAGAGGCUUCCUGAUCAUUUAGCAGAAUCAACUUCUGAUUUAGUAAAUCCACAUUUGGCCUCCCCAAUCACAGAUUUGAGAUCGAAUACUUACACGUGGGCUCAGAGAAGAUUAGAACAAACAGUAACCAUGAUGAACUUGUUCAAUCUUAAGGGACUACCAAAGAAAUUGGGUCUAAAUGGUCAGGAUAAGGUUGUAUUAAGUGCUGUCGAGUUGGAAUCAUUUCGUUCAGAAAUAGCUGCCUUGGAAGAAAGAGAAGCGCACUAUAAAGCUCAGCUUGAGCAUAUUGAUGAAAUACUGAGAUCUGCUUCCCUAUCUGGAUAUCUAUUCUUAAGAACGAGAUGGGCAGCAUUACCAGGAGAACCUCCCAUCGAUGACACUGAAGUUGAUGAUUGGCUUCCACGCUUUGUUGUCCUGCAAGGAUCCGGCAUCUACAUAUAUAUGGUUGCUACAGACUUAAGUCCUUUGGACACAACCCUCCUGCCUGAUGUUGUCGAAGUUGGUCCUCUCCCUUGCCUAGCACGCGAAAAUGAGGAAACUCGAUUUUGCUUUUACAUCUUAACAUCCCACGGGCUGCGAUAUGAGUGCUCGAGCACAUCCGAGAUCCAGGUCGAUUCGUGGUUGGCAGUGCUAAAGAAGCAAUGCAAGCUUUCUUCAGAUUCAGAAGACAACAGCAGCCAAAUUUGCAGAUCCGCGAGGUCCUUCUUGUCUGCUGCUUCGAAGCAAUCUUCUCGUUCGUUUUCGACGGGACGAUCUGCAGUUGCUGCGGCUGCCGUUUCAUGCAGAGGUAGAGUGUCAUCCCUAGCUUCAAUUGGUGCAUCUGAGUCAGGAAAUGCAUACAGUGGGUGGAUUUCUAGCGCUCUGAUCCUUCCCGCAGCAGCUUUCAUGCUUCAGGAACAAGAGGCACAUGCUGCCCAGCUGGAGCGAACUUUCAUUGCCAUCAAGCCUGAUGGAGUGCAAAGAGGAUUGAUUUCAGAAAUUUUAUCCCGGUUUGAGCGGAAAGGUUACAAGCUUGUGGCAAUCAAGGUUGUAGUUCCUUCAAAGGACUUUGCCAAGAAGCAUUAUCAUGACCUCAAGGAAAGACCUUUCUUUGAUGGGCUCUGCGACUUCCUUAGCUCUGGACCAGUAGUUGCCAUGGUUUGGGAAGGUGAAGGUGUGAUCAAGUAUGGCCGUAAGCUCAUUGGAGCUACGGACCCCCAAAAAUCAGAACCCGGAACCAUCAGGGGAGAUCUUGCUGUUGUUGUUGGGAGAAAUAUAAUUCAUGGCAGCGAUGGCCCCGAAACUGCCAAGGACGAAAUCAACCUAUGGUUCAAACCGGAAGAGCUCGUUAGCUACACAAGCAACGGCGAGAAGUGGAUCUACGGCAUCAACUAACGACGCUCCCACUCAACAAAUGCCUGCAACUCAUAUGCAUCUCUUAAAAUUAUUUGAAGCAAAAUAAAAUGAUCCAAACAAUAAUUUGCUUCCUUUAGAUGAGCUGUUCUUCCAUUGCUACUGCAAUAAUGUGUUACCAAAUCUUCAUAUUUAUGCAAAUUUUCACAUAUUCAUCAUCAA